AUGACGCCCGACAAGUUUCAGCGUAACGAGCGGGUAGCAACUGCCACCUCGGAUUUGCAGGGCAACUUCGAGUUUGGCAUCGGGCGCGUAAUGAAGUCGCUCGAGCCGUACCCGAAGAAGCUCGGAACCGACACCUGGUUCUACGCGAAGCGUGUAUUCCUUGCACUCGCCGAGACGCUCGCAAAGCACAUGAUCAUGCUCAAGGCCGACGUCUGCACACGGCCGGCCGGGCGAGAGGCUUGA